GACAUACCGCUCGCCGUGUUUGACAUCAGGGCUCAGCUCAAGAGGUCGCUCACCACCGAUGAUAAUAGUAGUCGCACGCAAUCCAAUGACCAAUCGAGAGCUACUUUGGACACCAAUUGGCGCCAAUCAUCGACUCAAGAGUGGGCCAAACCAUCGAACCAUUCAUUGUCUACGAAACCAAACGACUCGCCGAAGACUAUGAGAACCAAUGACCGCAUAUUGGAGCCCAACAAUGGCAUCCAAUUGGUUGAGACGACCGCCGAGGAGUCGUAUUACGGAAAGUGCCGGAAGUACCCGAAGAAGUCACAAAGCGGUCCGUUUAGGCCUCCAAGAAGUGCCCCCGGAUUUCCCACUCGACCCCCAGUGUCAUCGCUAAACAUACCGAAGUCUAUGGGCUCGCAGUUGAUCCCAAAUGGCGCGCAAAGCAAACUGUUGGCCAGACUUCGCCACAAAUACCCGGAUCUGUCGGAUGAGACACUGUUGGAUAGUAUGGCGAAGACAAAGCGCCGGAUCAUCGAAAACGGUGAUAAUGUCCACGGAUUCACUGGUAUGAAAGUGGCGGACAUUGUGGCGAAGAUUAGCGAUUAUAUCGACGCCAAUGUCGUGGCCAUCGAUGGUGUCUGACUUGUCGGACAAUAUGGCGCCGCUAACACAUGGGACCCAAUCAAGUGGUGAUAAUAUGGAUGAUAAGUGUAGCCAUGGAUUCAAACGAAG